UGCUUAAUAAGAAUAUAUCUAACUCCAAUAACAUCAAUAAUGAUGAGUCGAUACAUAAUCUUGAGUAUGAUAGGCUAACAUAUAGUCCUGAGCUUGAUGAGCCGACAUAUAGUCCUGAGCCUAAUGGGCUGACACAUAAGGGGCUGACACAUGAUUUUGAGUUGGGUGAGCCGAUAUGUGAUUUUGAGCUUGAUAGGCCAACAUAUAAUUUUAUAGUUGAAAAUAAAGAUGUCAGGGGUUGUCCUGAGGAAAAAUUGUGGUUUAAAUUAAGAAAGGGCUGUAUUAAAAAAACUCCUGAUAGAGCUAUACAAAAACGAACAAUAUUGUGCGAACAUAGUGGCGAAUAUAAAUCUAAAAAUAUGAAAUCAAUUAGAGAAACAAGCACAAAGUGUAUCGGGUGUCAGUGGUAUGCAAAUUUGUCACAAUCUAUAAAGAACAAUCCUAAUGGAAAUGUUUAUCUUACUACAUUAAAAGAUGAAUAUAAUCAUAAUUUGUCCUCUUAUCGAACAAAGUUCUUUAAUGAUAAUGAACUUACUCAAGAAAU